UGUCUGAUGUUACACGAAACUGACCCACUGUGCCGCGUUCUUAUCGAUGGGUCACAGCAUUCGAUAAAUAUCGGUAUUUCUCGGCGUGCUCUUUCUGCGUGGUGUUUACAAUUAUCUAAUCAUAGCCGCACAAUGUCCUGGUUAAGCGGAAUAUUGCAAAAGGUGUGCAGACCGGUUUCUGCUGCUGGAACCGUAAGCGUACGUCAGCUGUCGCAUGCCGAACGCCGCGCUAAUGGACCGACCGUGCGACGCUAUGGCUACAAGGAAAAGCUGCUGCAAGGCGGUCUGCUCCCACAUUUUGACAAUGGACAGAAACUUCCAAUGCCAACAUACAGGCCUAAGAAUGCAUGGUCGCAGAAACGCGCUCUUUUUGGCCAAAACGAUUACAUAGACAUCUUGGGCACUGAACGACUGCAUCCAACGCGUGUGCUCUACUCUGUGCCCUCCUGGCUGCGUGGAGUUUCAGGCAACGAGUAUCAGGUACUGUUGCGUAAACGGCGUAUUCUCGAGAAGACUGUAGCACCUUUGGCACGACCCACCAAGUGGAAGCAGAUGGAAAAGCGUAUUCUUUACUUGUAUAAAUUCCUUAAUCGUAAGACAAAGACGGGAUACUCGAAGCAGUAAUUCGCAGACACAUGGGAACUGCGGCAUAUUGCUGAAUAAAAUGUGUUUGUUUUUUGUUGUAUUUUAA